UUUGUCUCAAAGCCAUGGCAACUAUUUUAAUAAAAAGCAUCACUGUGGCCAUCAGUAAAGGCCUAGCUCUGUAUAAUCACCUACAGAAGAUGGAGGAGAACAAAAAAUCCUGUGCGUGUCUGGCAGAGCGGAUAAAGACUUUGGUGGACACAUUUAAAGCGUUUGAAGAACGAGGCGUGAGUGAAGAAGUGGUGCAAAAGAGCCUGGAAGAAUUUCAGAACGUGUUAGAGGAAGCUGACAUCAUCCAGAAGAAGUUUGAAAACACCAGUGGAGUCAGAAAGACAAUUACUGCAAACUCCUUGAAAAAGGACUUUGACAAGGUGAACAGACAGAUCGAUGAAACAGUAGCACAGCUCAACCUCUGCCUGCAAAAGGAGGAGUUAAAGCACCUGGAUGAGCAAAGGCAACGCCUUGAAGAGGUGUUUGAUGCUCACGUACAGGCGAAGCAGGAUGCUGACAACUAUAGGAUGGAUGCGGAGGAAUGGAAUAAGAAAAUUCUAUCCGCACUCGAGGAAACCAAGGACAGCGUUGAGGAAACCAAGGCUGAAGUGAGAGGUGUGCGUGAUGUGGUGGACUGCACAGCCCAAGAUGUGCGUGAAAUCAAGGACGCCGUGGUGGGACAAGCUUCAGGUUCAGCAGGCGGAAGUUCUAAAUAUAUGGUUGGAGAUAAGCACUUCAUCGACAAACAUCGCACAACACUGAUUCAGCGUGUGUCAAAUGUGGAUGCCAUCCUGGACCAUCUGCUGGAUAACAAAGUCAUCAAACAGGAAACCUACAGUAAGAUCCGCCGCGAGUCAACCAGCUAUGACAAGAUGAGGGUGCUCAUGGAGCAAGGCAACCAGCUAUGA